CACUGGGGAAGAGUCUGGAGGCCUCCCUGCCUCCUGCCUCUCCCUAACGGUCCUCCGUCCCAGGUGCCUCCCUCCCUCCCUUCCUCCCUCCCUCCCGGCGUCUCGCUGCUGGGGGCCACUACCGAAUGCUACCGUUUCCUACCUAUGCCAGAUUUACUGGUGCCCCACUCAAGGUGUACAAGAUCACCAACCCCUGGCGGAGCCCUUCAGGGACUCUGCCUGCCCUUCGGACCAGUCACGGCGAGGUCAUCUCGGUGCCACACAAGAUCAUCACCCAUCUUCGAAAAGAGAAGUACAACGCCGAUUACGAUCUGUCGGCCCGACAAGGGGCAGACACCUUGGCCUUCAUGUCUCUGCUGGAGGAGAAGCUUCUCCCAGUGCUGAUCCAUACUUUUUGGGUGGACACCAAGAACUAUGUGGAGGUGACCCGGAAGUGGUACGCUGAGGCCAUGCCCUUUCCCCUGAACUUCUUCCUUCCUGGCCGCAUGCAGCGGCAGUUCAUGGAGCGGCUGCAGCUGCUGUGCGGGGAGCACAGGCCCGAGAAUGAGGAAGAGCUGGAGAAGGAGCUGUACCAGGAGGCUCGGGAAUGCCUGACCCUGCUCUCCCAGCGCCUGGGCUCUCAGAAAUUCUUCUUCGGGGACGCCCCCGCCUCGCUGGACGCCUUUGUCUUCGGCUACUUGGCGCCGCUGCUGCAGGCCAGGCUGCCCAGCGGGAGGCUGCAGGCCCACCUGCGGGGGCUGCACAACCUCUGCGCCUACUGCGCGCACAUCCUCAGCCUCUACUUCCCCUGGGAUGGAGCGGAGGUGCCGCCUCCACGCCAGACGCCAGCGGGCCCCGAGGCCGAGGAGGAGCCGUACCGGCGCCGGAACCAGGUGCUGUCCGUGCUGGCGGGGCUGGCGGCCAUGGCGGGCUACGCCUUGCUCAGCGGCAUCGUCUCUAUCCAGCGGGCGGCACCCGCCCGGGCCCCCGGCACGCGGUCCCUGAGCAUGGCCGACGAGGAGGAAGACGAGUGACGCCGCCUCGCGCUCCCGGGACGGACUUUUCUACUCUCACACAUUCCAGAGGCUCCUCUGCUUCCCCGUUGUUGGUGCGGCUGGAAAACGGGCGCCGCUCCCAUAAUAAAGCUGUCCCCGCGGGCUGCA